GUGAAACUAAUGGAUUGACUUGAGGAUGAAACUUGUAACUCUCACCCAGUUGGCGUUAUCCUCCAGCCUACCGAGUUAAAUGCACUAGAACAACAACUCUCAAGCGCUUUUCGGCUCUAUGCCUUCAUUUCGAAGUCCAGCUCAUUCUCUGACUUUGUUAAGAAGCAAUGUAGUAUGACUUGGAAUAAGGAAGAAAAAGAAAAGCGUGUUGUCACUUGAGUGAGACUGCCUUAGAGAUGUUACCAAGUCAGGGCUGGGUGUUCCUGUCCUUUGGAAGAGAACAGGCCUAAACAGUACCUUCCUCCUCCUGUAGCUACAAGGAAGGCACCAUGAUUGAGAUCAGAGAUGCUUCCUUACGUGAUUUUCAAUCAAGUGUACAUUUAAACACAUAGCAAAAGCAUGGGAGUAAAAAGACACUAUAUUUUUACAGGAUCUACUUCAUGUAUAGUUUGUGUCUUGAACAUAAUAUGAACUACCUAAAGAAUGAUACUGAAAAGUCAGUGGGAGAAACAGUUUUGGAUCAAAGAAUCAAGGGUCUGUAUUUAAAUUUGAAUCUAGUUAUUGGAUUUUGUGCACAGUUCUUUAAGCCUCGAUUUCUUAUGUGGGAUGAGGAAAAUGUUUAUCUUGUAGAAUUAAUCUAAAGAUCAAAUAAAGGCUUUAAAGCAACUAGCAGUGUCUGGCCCAGGGUAGAUGCGUAAUGAAUGGCAACUGUAUCAGUAAUACUAGUAAGUUCAUACUACUGAAUAUUUUACCUGACCAAAAAAGAAAGAAAAGGACAUGGGAAACACAGGAAGGGUGAUAGUAAAAUAAACUGAAUAUGUGUGUAUGAAAUAGAUUGCAUUAGGCAGGGGUGUCAUGAGGGAUUAGUGUGAUAGUGACCUUGUUGCUAAGUGCAAAAGCAAAACAAUGACAUAAAAACAAGUACACUAGGCACUGAGUGGAGGAGAGAGAUGGAGGCAGACGCUGCAGGAAAAAAAAAGCAAAAAAAACAAAAAGCUGAUUAAAAAACGGCCUUUGAUUCCACAGGCACAAAAAUCCACAGCCAGGAAUUUGCUGCCACCUCUGAGUCAGGCAGCGGGGGGUGGGGGUGCACAAUUCCAUUAGUAGAGAAAUGCCCAGUGGAUUUAGUCUGAGAGUCACAUUUCUUAUUUGGACCAGUAUAGACAGAAGCAAACUCAGCUCACUGCUUUCCUGGGACAGUUGAGUUAGGGGAUGGCUUUCGCAGAGCAUUCACCGCUGACCCCUCACCGCCGGGACCUCUGUAGCCGUUCUAUCUGGCUAGCAAGGAAGAUUCGUUCAGACCUGACUGCGCUUAUGGAAUCUUAUGUGAAGCAUCAGGGUCUGAACGAGAACAUGAACCUGGACUCUGUGGAUGGUGUGCCAAUGGCAAGCACUAAUCGAUGGAGCGAGCUGACUGAGGCAGAGCGACUCCAGGAGAACCUCCAAGCUUACCGCGCCUUCCACGUCAUGUUGGCCAGGCUGUUAGAGGACCAACGGGUCCAUUUUACUCCGGCUGAAGGUGACUUCCAUCAAGCGAUACAUACCAUUCUCCUUCAAGUUGCUGCCUUUGCUUACCAGCUCGAGGAAUUAAUGGCGCUCCUGGAACACAAGAUCCCCCCCAGUGAGGCCGAUGGGAUGCCCCUUACUGUUGGAGAUGGGGGUCUCUUUGAGAAGAAGCUGUGGGGCCUGAAGGUGCUGCGGGAGCUUUCACAGUGGACAGUGAGGUCAAUCCAUGACCUUCGAGUCGUUUCUUCUCAUCAGACUGGGACCCCAGCCCAUGGGAGUCAUCAUAUUGCUAAUGACAAGAAAAUGUAGCAGUCACCCCUCUUUCUCGCUCGCUUUCUCUUCUAAUGGAAUAUACAUAGUUCUCUGAGGCCUCCCUCACUUUCCCAUUCACUCUCCCAUUUUUGAAAACCUUCAAGACCACAGGCAUUUUCAUCAGCUGGGCUUGCGCACAUGGACAGAUGGGCAUACAAGCUUAGUCUGCGGGGGUGUGUGUGUGUUGAGGCCGUAAGGGAGCUGGGGCAUGGACAGCAUCCUCCCAGCUCAGUGCUCUCAUCUUUCCCACCCACUGACUAAUAGCCUUCACAGGCAUGGAACAGCUUCAUGGGAUAAAAAUAUUUUUAACUCUAGUCCUGGGUGACUCUUCUGAGAAGACUGAAAUAGUGAAUUAAAAAUCAUGGACUCUAGCCAUCUCAAGCUCUUGGAUAAUAAAAAUAGUAACUAACAUUUUUGAGCAUCUACUCUGUGGAAGGAGCGUGCCAGGGGCUUUGUGUGUAUCACGAUUUUCACAACCCUGCUGCGGGAGGUGGUGUCCGUCCCAUUUGGCAGAUGAGUAAACAGGCUCACAGAAAUUGAUAACUUGUCCAGGGUUACCCCCCUAGCAGACAGCACCCUGAGUUUGAACCCGGAUCAUUCUUAAUCCAAAGCCUGUGUGCCCUUCACUUUAGAGGCCUGGUUAUAAACCUCUGUCACCUCUGCUGCAGGGCUGGAAAAUGUAUCCAUGUAUCCAUCUAUCUCCAGCCCUGAAAAGACCACCCCCAACCGUGUCCCAGUAUUGGUUGCCCAU